UACGUUUCCAGAAAACUGUUAUUUUCAGACAAAUUUUAGUUUGAAGUACAUACAUUUGUCUGAGGUGACACCAGCAGGUUUAUAAAAGCAUGACUCGUAUGCUAUUGUGUGCCACCCUGUCAUAUUACAGACAUGUCCAGUAUUUGUGUGACUUAAGAAAUAUGAAACAUUAUGCAAAAAAUGUGACUGCUGUCAAAGUGAGGCAAGGCUACUUCACCUGUUUGAAGGUCCAAAUCUUUUUUAAUUAUUUUACUUGGCAAAUUUUUUUCUUUACAGAAAUACAGCAGAGAACUAUAAUACCUUGUUAAAGUAACAUUUAAGGAAGCUUUCAGAAUUUUAAGGUGGUUUUCUUGGCAAUCUAACAAAAAGUCCCCAAAUCAGCUGACUUCACCCUGUAUUGAUAAACACCAGUAUUUUGAUUAGUAACUGUGAUUUAAUUACAUAUUUUUUCCCCAGUGCAGCAGUAACAGCAAUAAAAUGAUUGAUAGAAAUGAAUCAUUUUAUUUCUAUGGCAGCUGUAGCCUGUUAAUGACACACAUACAUGGAGGGUUUAUUUUAGGCUUCAUCAACUCACUCGAUCUGGCUGUAAAUGAUGCAACAAUGAGAAGUAGGCUGCAUAUAAGUUUUGUGUGUGUGUGUGUGUGUGUGUGUGUGUGUGUGUCAGGGAGGGGAUACACCGAGCAGCACUAAUAACUGAGCUGAAAACAAGGGAGGAGCAAACAGUGUGAACCUGAACGCUGCUCCAGCAGCAGCAGAGUCACAGUGGAGUUAAAAGGAUUCAAACCUCGUGUCUCCUCCAGCAGCAGCCUGACUGCAGACACCUCGGUGUGAAGAGGAGCCAACAUUUGAUCUGAGAACAGCCGCUGAAGAGUGAAGCUGCGCGGUCACCUCUGCUGGGCUGACUGCUCCUCACGUCCCGGAAACUCAGAGAGGACCGAGAGGAAGAAAAGCAGCAUGUUUUCCUUCUUGUUCCCCCUCCUCCUUGUCUCACAUGUGCUGCUGUCCUCGACACAUGUAGCAGUGAUCUCCCCUCAGGAUCCCGUCCUUCAUAUUGGCUCCAGCCUAACAGCCACGUGCACACUGAGCCCUGAGCUCGGCCUCCACGCCAACACGUUGUACUGGACACUGAACGGGAUGAGUCUGUCCAGCAGCACCUACAGUGUGUUGAGCCCCGACACCCUCAGCGUCACCCUCCACAACCUCAAUGGCUCCCAGCAGCAGUCUGGUGACAACCUCGUGUGUCACGGAGCAGAUGGACACGUCCUGGCUGGUUCAUGUCUCUAUGUGGGCAGGCCUCCAGAAAAGCCAGUCAAUUUAACGUGUUGGUCCCGCAACACGAAGGACUUGAGCUGCAAGUGGAGCCCGGGGGGGCGGGGCGAGACCCACGUCCAAACCAAAUACACCCUCAAGUACAAAUUGAGGUGGUACGGGAGAGAGAAGGAGUGUGAAAUAUACAGCACAGGGAAGCAGCGCUACUCCUGCUACAUCCCCCGCAACCUCGCCCUCUUCACGCCAUACGAGAUCUGGGUGGAAGCAGCCAAUCAGCUGGGCUCUGCCAUCUCUGACAUCACCACCCUGGACAUCCUCGAUGUAGUGACCACUGACCCUCCUGCCAACGUGCAGGUGAGUCGCGUCGGCGACCUCGAGGACCAGCUGACGGUCCGCUGGGCCAGCCCCCCCGAGCUCAAGGACAUCCUGUUUCAGGCCAAAUAUCAGAUACGCUACAGACUGGAGGACAGCACAGAAUGGAAGGUGGUGGAUGAUGUCGGUAACCAGACGUCAUGUCGCCUUGCUGGCCUCCGGCCUGGGACUGUCUAUUUUGUGCAGGUGAGAUGUAAUCCAGUGGGCAUCUAUGGCUCCAGGAAGCCUGGCAUCUGGAGUGACUGGAGCCACCCGGCUGCCGCCUCCACACCCAGCAGUGAGCGGCUGCAGACUAGUUCCUGCGAUCCUAAGCCCGGUGAGCAGAACUCCACCCUGCGGCGGGAACUCAAGCAGUUCUUUGGCUGGGUGCGCAAGCAUGCAUCUGGCUGCAGCGGCAUGUCAAUCAAACUGUACGAUCAGUGGAGGGUGUGGCUGCAGAAAUCGCACAAAACGCGCAACCAGGUAGAUUCUACAAGACGAUAAUUCAUAGCAGCGCCGCUCAGCACCACUGUGGUGUUUAAUUCAAGAACAGCAUCAAGAAACUCUGACAGAUAACUGGCCCCGAGGGACCCAGCUGUGUGAGAGGUCCAACGCCCCGCCUGAGGGAUACUGCAGUGUUUGGUCAUAAAGCCUUAACUUGAGUUUAAAGGGCCCGAGUGGAAGAUAACUGAAGUGAGACAAUGCAGCCUUUUUCUGCUGUUUCCGCUGGCCAAAUCUGUCCCUUAGAUCUGUUUGCACAAACACAAAUGUUAAGGCCCUCAGUAACUGCACUUUUACUCUAAAAUAAAAGUCAUUCUCACAGUUAAGACUUUUUAAUAAUUUAAUGUAAGAUAAGCAAGUCAUUAAUGGUACUUUGAUGUCAAACUAUACAAACUAUGCCAAACAGAAUUGCAGUGGCAGUAAAAUGAGGGACGUGGGACCAAAAUGUACAAGACAAUCCUCACUCUACUGUUAUAGCUCUAGACGUUUAACAAAGUAUUUUUGUGAGGGUGGUUUUCUCCAGGCAAAUAUAAAUGUGAGAUUCACGUUGUUAUGGCCUUUAGGGUAGUUUCUCUCUACAUGUAUUACUGUUGGAAAUAAUAAGUUCAGGGUAGGGCUGCAAUUAUCGAUUAUUUUCAUUAUCAGUUAAUCAUCUGAUAAGUUUCGCAAUUAACCCAUUAAUUGUUCCAUCUAAAUAAAAUGAAAAAUACUAGUCAUCAUUUCCUGAUUGUUAAAUGAAAUGUCCUAUAAUCAACCCAAAGACAUUCACUCAAACUCUGAAAUCUUCUAACAGAACUGUAGAAAUAUUAAAAAUGCUAUCCAUAUAUCCACAUAGCCUGAAAAACACUCACCCAUUAGUUACAUUUUUUGUUUCAUUUCACCUCCUCCACCCAACAACCAUGCAGCAAUGUUGUAUUCAACUGAGCUAAUAUUAUAACUUAUACUGGCUCGCAAAAAAAAAAGACUUUUCCUGCUAACUUCCCAAUGUUAUAUAUAAUGGUUUAAGACAGGACAAUUUAAAACUAAUAGGCUGUUCAUGGUUAACAUUAUGUGUAUGGUAUGUGCAGUAUGUAGCCUACAGUGUCCUAGCCUAAUCUGUUAGCAUUCCAUUAAAUCUACUAAUUCAGCGGGGGAUAAUCCACUUAUAUGCUUGAAUGUACAUGUUAAUUUCGUUAAGAUGUGCUGAUAAUAUAAAAUUUAAGUCUUUAGUCGUCUUACCUUUAAAAGUGCAUCACAACCAUUUUUUUCUGCUGUCACUCCACUGCGCUGUUAGCGAGCAUGUGCUGCUAACUUCCGGGAGCCAUUCCGCAGCUCGAAGGGCCGCCAUUGCUGUGAACGGAAGUGACGCGACUCUCUAUUAAGGGCUCUGGCCCCGCAGCUAACGUUAUCCGCCUUGCUGCUCCAACAAGGGCUGCGACGUGAAGCUUUGUCAUCCAGCUUUGAACUGCAGUGUCUUUUUGGAGACUUAUAAUAGUAAAUUCAUAACAAUGAAAUCCUACAGCGAAUGUCUUCUGUAGUUAUUUAUCCGUUUUCCGAUUAAAAAUGAAAGUCGAAAAACGUUUAAGUUUGGGGUGAACCCUCGGGUUCGUUAACGUCACCAGCUGUCCAAUCACAGCGGAGAAGGGGCGGGACAAACACCUUAAUGACCAAUCAUCACAGAAGUGCUGAACAACAACCACAGACUGUAAAAAUGUGCCCAAAGGCUAAAUACAAUUGAAUAAGAAAAUGGCUGUAUCUCAGAAAAUGUUUGACCGAUUUUGAAAAUGUCUUCAGAUUUGUGCGUAGGUGAGCCCCAACACUUCCUCUAAAGGAAAUUAAAAUUUCAGUUGCAGGUACAAAUGGGCCAACUGCAACUAACUCAAUUUUUUUGCUACAAAAAGCCUGGAAACGAUUGUCAGAGUAGAAAGCGAAUAACUUCUAGUCGAUUAAUUGUUUCCAUUCUAGUUCUGUGAAAAGUAAAUUUGUGAACUCACUAAUGAGCCAUUUAAACACACUAAUCACCUACUGAGUGGUGAGCCAUCUAAAAUGUUGCCCUGCGCACUAUUCAAAUAGUUAAAUUUAUCCAUCAAUCCAUUUUCAUCCGCUUAACCGAAGCUCGGUCGCAGGGGCAGCAGGUCAAGCAAAUCACCACAGACAUCCCUCUCCCUAGCAACGCUUUCCAGCUCCUCCCGAGGGACCCCAAGGUGUUCCCAGGCUAGUUGAGACAUGUAAUCCCUCCAGUGUGUCCUGGGUCUACCACAGGACCUCCUACCAGUGGGUGGGAGCCACAGGAGCCUAAUAUGGCCAUACUUUCAAAUGUUUUGUUUGCAUUUCAGCACGCUGAGCUGCCAACUCCGUCAAAUAAAACAUGCUCGACUUCACCGACCUCACCACAGACUGUUUGGUUUGUAGCUGCUGCAGUACAGAUCCAAUCACAUGUUGCAUUCAAUUAAAGAACGUUUAUAGUUCUUGGCUGUGACCAAAACCAUACACAUUUUUUAAAAAUCUGGGUAAACAAAUGCAGGUGUAGUUUGACUGGAGAAGUUUUACUACUACUUGGUAUUUAGUUGAUACCUUCAAAGGUCUUGGGUACGGAUACCCAGUUGUAUUAGUAACUGAAUCCCCAUUAAUAAGGCCUCACUAUCUGUCACAUGUUUAUGCUGUCCUGUGGCUGAGUAGACUAUUUCUUUUAAGACAUUUUAUACUGUUUAUAUUUUUAUAACUGCAUAUUUAAGGAAUGUUUUUGUGUAAGUUAUAU